UAAAUAUUAAAUAAUAUUAUUAAAAUGGACGAUCAAGGCAAGACUUUGAAAUACCUCGUUGCAGUUGAAAAAUUAGCAGAAGAAAUCAUUAAUGACAAACGCGAAAUCAUAAUGUUAGAUAAAAGAAGAAAUCAGAACCGCGAAGCCAUAAGAGAUCUUUCAAAGUCUUCGCAAUUAAAAUGUUGGGUGACUGUUGGCUCUAUACUUGUAAAACAUAAUGUCGAGAGCACAAUAACAUUAUUAGAGUCUGAUCAAAAACAGCUAGAUGUAGACAUUAAUAAAUUACGUAGUAACCUUAAAGUAAAAGUUAAUAGCUUAAGAGAUUUGGAAAUGCAGCCUCCAGUACCAAGUUUGAUGUUAGUCCCAAUUAGUGAUAAGGAAACCGAAGGCUUAUCAAGAGCUGGACUAUUUUCAUGUAAAUCGUAAUAGAAUUAUGGUUUGUUUGAUUAAAAUUAUGAAUUGAUUUGAAGUAACUAAUAAACAGGUGCAACAAAUCAUAAGGAAUCCAAACAUUUU